AUGACACGACUUUUAUCUCCUAUUGUGAUUGUGAUUGUGAUUGUGGCCAACCUGGGUUUGGAUCCAGUUUCUGUACAUGUAACCGCCUUCAUUCCGGUUCAGAAUACUGAUGCUCAGGUUCAGACUGCUUUCAAGAGAUUUCCACACAGAGUUCAAGAACCAAAAACAACGGAAUUGCUCGUGGUCGUCAAUAAGAGCACUGGUACCGGCAGUGCCAAUGAUAGCAGUGACGACAAUGAUGGGCCCAGUCAGGAUCGACGAUCUUUUUUGGUUUCAGGUGCCACAGCUACCGCCUUGACUGCAUUUCUGACUGCUUGCAAUCUACCCUCCCUACUAUUAAUAGAUCGCCAAGAAAAUGACCUACAUGUACCUGUAACGGUAGCAACAACUACAGAACCAACAUGGACGGGUGGAACCUCCUUGUCUCUCAUGUCCUUGGAAGAUGCCUACCAAUUCACUGUAAACCAUCCCAAUGACAACGAUAUUUUCCCGUUUGCGCAGUGGCCAGAUCCCAUUUUGCGUCGACCAGCUUCCACCAUCUCGCCCAUGGAUACUACGACUAGCACUACUACUAGUAGUAAACUCCAAGCCAUCGCCAACAGACUACAACAAACUGCAGAUCAAAAGGGGGCCGUCGGACUCGCGGCUCAGCAAUGCGGCAUUGAUGUCAGUUUGGUCUACCUCAAUACCAGCAACAACAAUCACCAAAAUCAAAGACAGAAACGAGACAACAAAAGCAACAAUCAGCACGGCUUUUUCCUACUAAACCCACGGAUUGUCUAUAGAUCUCCCGAAACCCAAAUGAGGGUGUGGACCGAAGAAUGUUUAGUGCUUCCACCCUCCUUUCGAGCUACGGUUUUGAGAGACGCCAUUAUUACCAUUGAAUACGAAAGCAUUUUUAAUACUGUGGAUGAUGGUGAUAACGACCCUACCACAAGAACACAACAAAUCACCUUGGAUGGAGAACUGGCCAGAGCAGCACAGCAUGAAAUGCAACAUGAUGAAGGCAUUCUCAUUCUGGAUCAUGUCGAGAUGCAACAACUACCGGAAUACAUGAGGGACGUGGAACGAACAGGACACGAACUACGCAUGGAACGAGCCUUUUCAAGACAUGUAAUUACUAGCUAG